UUUGGGAUGACGGACACACUCUGCGCCUAAAGUUCUAUAUAAUCAACGGUUGCAGCUCGAACACGAUUUAGUGCGUUCUGAAGCAGCGUCGCGAAUGGAGAUAAAAAGUUACUCAGCUUGAAAAGUUGAUUUGGGGAAAAAAAUCAGUGGAAAUAAAUAAGAAAAAAAAAUCUCCGAGAACUUUGUGUCAGUUUGAGUGCUUGAAAAUGUGGCAAAAUAUUAUUGUGGUGGCGAUUUUUGCCGUUUUGUACUGCUUGAGAGAUAUGCGGAAACCGGCUUUCUUUCCACCAGGUCCCGCCUGGUUCCCACUCAUCGGAUGCGGCUAUCGCGUCUUCAAACUCGUCAACGUGCACAAAUUCUACCACCUGAUGUGGGACGCCCUGGCCCGCAGUUACGGCCCCGUGGUAGGCCUCAAGCUGGGCCGCGAUCGGGUCGUCAUCGUGUCCGGCCUGGCAGCGAUUCGAGAGUUCUACAGUAAGGACGCCUUCAACGGUCGGCCAAACGGGUUCUUCUUCCGUAUUCGGUCGUUCAACAAACGGCUCGGGCUGGUCUUCAACGAUGGUGCCGAUUGGGACGUUCAGCGUAGAUUUUCGGUGAAGACGCUCAAAUCGCUGGGCAUGGGACGGACGGGGAUGGUGCACAGUUUGGAGAAGGAAACCGAAGAGUUGAUUCACCACCUGAGAAAGCUGUCGAGGGGUGGGCGGACCAUCCAGAUGCACAGUGCGUUCGAUAUUGCCGUGCUGAACGUGAUUUGGACGCUGCUUGCAGGGAAUAGGUUCAAAUUAGACGACAAAAGACUAGCGUGGAUCUGCGACACAAUCCAUAACAGCUUCCGAGUGAUAGACAUGUCCGGUGGAGUGUUGAACCAGUGUCCUCCCAUACGACACAUCUGCCCGAACAAAUCCGGCUUUAAGCCGCUGGUGAAUCUGCUGAAUCCUCUGUUGAACUUUAUAAACGACACAAUCAGCAACAUCAAAGCGAACCCGGAAUGUCCGGAAAGGCACAACUGUCUGAUCUCAUCCUACCUGGAGGAACUUCAAAACGACAACCCCCAUUCGUCGUUCAGCAACGAGCAGUUGCUCAGCCUCUGUCUGGAUCUGUUCCAAGCCGGUUCGGAAACUACCAGCAACACUUUGGGCUUCGGCGUUGCACACGUAAUGCACCACCCUAACGUGAUCGCGAAGAUCCACCAAGAGCUGGACAACGUCGUCGGUCGCUAUCGAUUACCGACGCUCGACGAUCGACCCAGCCUGCCCUACCUGGAAGCCACAAUCUGCGAAAUUCAGCGGAUCGCAAACGUGGCACCACUGGCCAUAGCUCACCGAACCACGAGCCCCGUCCAGCUGGGACAGUACGUGAUACCGAGGGAUACCAUUGCGAUGGUGUCACUGUACUCCAUCCACAUGGACCGGCAGUACUGGGGCGAUCCGGAGGUGUUCCGGCCGGAACGGUUCCUAAACGAGUCGGAGGAUAAGCUGAUUCAGCACGAGUACUUUUUGCCGUUUGGAGCAGGCAAACGCCGCUGCCUCGGGGAAGCGCUGGCCAAAUCGAAUCUGUUCCUGUUCUUCGCCGCCUUCAUGCACGCCUUCAUCGUGGAACCAGCCAACCCUGGCCAGCUCCCCCCGCUAGAGGGUUUCGACGGCAUCACGCUCUCUCCCCAGCCGUACCAGGUGCGCCUCAAGGAACGCCUAAUUUGAGGAUGCGAAGCGCUCGAGUUGUAUAA